AUGUGUGAGUACCAAAUGGUUCAUGAGUUACCAUCUUGGGAGGAUGGUUGGACAAUCAAGGUCAAGGUUUUAAAACGAUGGGGGGCAUUUGACACUCAAGGACUUCGCGUGAUGAAUUUCAUAUUGGUUGAUGAGAAUGGUUGCAGAAUUUCUGCCUACGUUGGUAACCUCAAUCUAUCCUAUUUCAAAUACGUUCUGCAAGAAGGAAAUUGGGUGCAGUUAUCCAAAUUCAAACUAAUUCCUUCCAAGUGGGAAGAACGGACUACAAGACACAUUAAGCAAAUAAUUUUAGAUGGUGAAACUAAGAAAACAACUCAUCAUAAAUGGAGGAUUUUUCUACUUCAGAACACUACUGUCAAAAGGCUAUCUGAAAUCCCCACCGAUACUCAAUUUAUGUCUUUCUCAGAGUUUGAGGAUAUUUUGGAUGGGACUAUUGAUCAUAAGUAUCCUAUUGAUUUACUUGGUGAUGUUGUCCACGUUGGACGACUUACAAGGAUUAAGGAUUACGGACUAGAUGACUGGCGUAUAGCUUACAACAAUGGGACAUUGACUGUUUCAGAUGCAAGAGGGAUGUCAAGGUUUCUUUUUGAUCCCCAUAUUGUCGAAGUUGACAAGUUCAAAGAUAGGUACUUCAAAUCCAAUAAAAUGGAGAACAAUGAUAUUGAGAUUAAAGACUAA